UAUUCGUGUAUCCAGGUAGACAAAAAGUGUACAUCAAAAUGGCAGAACAAGCACAACAAGACGAAUCAAUCAUGUCAGUAGCUCUAUAUCGGUUCAUGUGUCAGAAAGUCGUUGGAUCAGAGGAUCACGUUAAAACAAUCAGAAUGGUGAAUACAGUCAGAGACAAUCUUGCAAUAAAUGAGAAGGAGGCAAUGUUCUCCAGUGGAAGUUAUGGAGAAGGACUUGAGAUGCGAGGAAGUGACAUAGAUUUUAUGAAGAAAUUUCAAUUUAUUGAGGUUUGUGAGAACACUAACUUUCCUUUUAAUCCUGAUAAGUCAUAUUUUACAAUGGAAACGAGCGAAUCAGUGACAGGUUUUACCCAAUUACGUCUGAUACAUACUGAUAAGUUUAACCCUUUAAUGCUUUGUGAAGAGAUCGGAGGUGAAUACUACCUUUCAAACAUUUAUAUAAAGCAAUAUUUCCUGCAAAAGGUUGCUCCGAUUAUUCAUGGACCGUGUGUAUCCGACGAAGACGGGGUUUUCGACAUUGCACCCUGCUUACAUAGUAAAUCAUGGAUAACACCAGCACAACAGUGGAUAACACGAUCAAGUAAUGCAUGGCCGAGAUACGAUGUUAAACAGUCUAUUAUAAAACACGGCGUUCUAUUUGUACCUGUAGGUUUGAAAGGAUCUACCAAAGAAGAAUUGCAAUGGCGAACAUCGUUUUCCGUUGCAGAAAAACUGCUUGUCUAUACCUUUACACACACACAAUUAGUGUGUUAUGCUAUGAUAAAAAUUCUUCUCAAAGAUGUGAUAGAUAUUGACUUAAAUUGUAAAGAACUACUUUGUUCAUAUUUUAUGAAAACAAUUUUGUUUUGGAUUUCAGAGGAACUUUCACUUUCAAUAUGGAGGCCAGAAAACCUGAUAUCUAAUUUUAUGAGGUGUGUAAGGAGACUGAUGUACUGUGUUGAAAACUCAAUUUGUCCACAUUAUUUUAUUCCUGAGAUUAAUUUAUUUGAUAUGAAGAUUAAAGGACACGCACAAGAAACACCCUUAGAAAAGCUAAACACUCUAAAUAGUUAUGGGUGGAGAUGUAUUUUAUUUUCAGAUCAAAUAUCGUAUUUCAAUGAAAUAGUAUUUCACAUUGACAAAGAAUCGGGUCAGCUAUAUGUUGAUAGUCUUAAACUAAUAUUAUCCCCAUUUAACUUUAUGACAAAUUGUGCUAUCCCAAUUGUCCAUUCAUCAUUGGGAAAAGAAGUCCACAUGACAUUAUCUAUUGAGAGUUCCAAAAUAAAAUACCUUUACUUGUUUUAUAUGUCAAAGGCGUCUUGUUAUAGAGUCCAGUUUCUACAAUUUAAUGCGAUAAACGAUAAUAAAUAUAUCUAUAAGCAGUACAAAACAUGUAUAAAUAAGUUGUUACUGAAUAUAAGACACGAUGCUGUGACUGGGUGGCUGAUGCUAGCUUCAUUUUUCUAUAAGACUAAACAAUACAAAAUAGCUCUUGCCAUAUUGCAAUAUUCUCUUCUCAAAUGUUCACCGGAAAAACUUUACCAAGGCAUGACUUUGUCACAGAUUCAUUUUGAAAUAUUUAGCUUGAAUUUGUUUAGGCAGAUGACUAUUGGUCAAUUGUCGAAAUUACUGAUUGUAGACAAAGUAUGGUUUUACAAAAAGUCUACAUUAUCACCGGAUGAAUUACAAAUCGAGGUAAAUACGACGCCAUACAUAAUACCGCCAGUUGUAUAUGCACAUUUCCUUUGUUUUCUUUGUCAUUACCAUCAAAACAAUACCACCCAAUGUCAUUGUUGUCUACGUGAUUUACAAUUAACCAUAGAGGAAGAGUAUUUUAUGGGUAAAGCUGAUGCCUUUGAGAAAGCUAUAACAUACAACAUCCUCGGUAUAACUUUUCAACUAAUAGGAGACAUAGAAUCAGCCAGACAUUCAUUUAUUAAAUCUGUAGAAUUUGAAUCCGAUCCAUUUUAUAAUACUGCGUUAAAGAGAUUGUCAUUAAUAGGUUGAAUGUUAUUAUGUUAAUGUAAGAAAACUAAAUAUUUUAUUGCGUCUUUUGUGGGUUGUAAUAUUUUAUGUUAUCUGUCUCCUAUAUAUAUGAAUAAGAACAUAUUUAACAAAUAAUGUAAUAUAGAAAUUAAAUAAACAUAAAAUGUUUUAUAUAU